UCCUUCCUCGCCACAAGGUCGAGUGAGGUCCCCAGCUCUCCCAUUACACACUUCCCCAGUCAUCCACCAAAGGCGCAGAGGAGAGGAGAGGAGAGGAGAAGGCGAGAAGGAGGAAGAAGAUGCCUUGCCUGAACGUGUCGACGAACGUGAACCUGGAGGGGGUGGAUACCUCCGCCGUCCUCGCCGACGCCUCCAGCACCGUCGCAACCAUCAUCGGCAAGCCGGAGGCCUAUGUGAUGGUUGUUCUCAAGGGUUCAGUGCCCAUGGCAUUCGGAGGUACCCAGGAGCCUGCAGCCUAUGGCGAGCUUGUUUCCAUCGGAGGGCUGAACCCUGAUGUGAACAAGAAGCUGAGCGCUGGCAUUGCUUCCAUCCUGGAGUCAAAGCUGUCCAUCUCCAAGUCCCGCUUCUACCUCAAGUUCCAUGAUUCAAAGGCAAGCAGACAUUAUUUGUCAGCGACUGCUCAUCCAUGGGUCUUGAUCAGACAUCAUCAUGUUCUCAUUGCAUUUCUGCUGUUUGUUAGGCCCAUCCUGCACAAGAACAUGCUCAAUGUUUGCAUGCUUUGCAUCAAGAGUAGAUCAUCGCUCGGACUUUGGAUGGAACGGAACCACCUUUUAGAUGAGUCAUAUGGCGUGGAGUCCUGUAUGAACUUCAGAGUUCCUAAUAUUCUGUUCAUUGCCUAUUUAAGGAGAAACUGCGGCAGUAAGACAUCGUGUCAGUUUAAUGGCCAGUGUUUAUGAGUGCUGGACUACUUGUGUGAUCUAGUUGGUUUGGUUUCGUACUUGCCAUGGCAAGGGAUCGUCGCAACUGUUCGGUUCGAUUUGUAAUCAUGAAUCCUUUCUGACGUCCUCUUUUUA